AUGGCACUAUGCACCAUGCACGGCGGGCAUAGACCAGGAACAACAAGAACGACGGGCUCAACAGAAAACAUAAAAAGUAUAAACUUAGCAACAGAACUAAAAUUGCCUAUUCAUAGAAUAAACAAUUCAAUUUCAAGUGUUAAACUCUGGUCUGGAUAUAAAAAGAAUAUGGCAUUUUCAUUUGGAUCUAACACAACUGCACAAAAUCCUGCCUUCGGUGCCGCUUCUAAACCUACAUUUUCUUUUGGAAGUACAAACACCGCCACAACGAGUACAGCAGGUUUUGGAGGUUUCGGAACAACAUCAACAUCAUCCGGUUUUGGUACAUUUGGUGCACCUACGUCCAGUGCAGCACCAUUCGGCAGUCUCGGGACUGCUACUACAACAGCACCUUCUCUUUUUGGAGGAACAGGAUUCGGAGCCACUGCUGCAAAACCUGCAGGUUUUGGUACUAGUGCCUUUGGAUCAAAUACUUUUGGAGGUGGAACAGCUUUUGGAGCUGGUACUUCUAUGUUUGGGAAUGCGGCACCAACAUUCGGUACAAAUACUCUCGGUGGUAGUACAUUUGGAACUGGAACCACAUUUGGUUCCACAUUUGGAGCUAAGACUACUACUACAGGCUUUGGUGGUUUUGGCACAGGAUUAGGAACAACAUCUGCCUUUGGUCAACAGCAACAGCAGCAACAACAGUUACAACAGCAGCAGCAGCAGCAGGGCCCGAGCAACGCCCACGAGGCAUUGGUGGCGGCGGUGUUCAACUGCUCCGUCUUCGGUGACGAGAGGGACCAAGUACUGGCCAAGUGGAACCUGUUGCAAGCUCAGUGGGGGACUGGACAAGCAUAUUACAGUCGGAAUGCCCCACCAUUAGAACUCAAUGAACAAAAUCCACUGUGUCGCUUUAAGGCAGUCGGUUAUUCAAGAUUGGGCGGAAAAGAAGAUAAAGAUGGACAUGUCGCCCUGGUGUUUAACAAAAUAGAACAAGAUAUAAAGAAUAAUCAGCAAGCAUUAUGCACUUCACUUUCUGGUCUUCUCGGCAAUAAACCAAAUUUGACAGUCAACAUUGAAUCUAUUAAAGCUGUGUCAGAAAGUAAAAGUCAGGUGAUAAUAUACGUGGUGGACAAGAACAACAACGGCGCGCACGUGAGCGCGUCGGAGCUGGCGGCGUACCUGGGCGCGGGCGCGGCGCGCGCGGCGCUGGCGGGCGCGGGCGCGGCCGCCGUGUGCGCCGCCACGCGCCCGCCGCGCGCUCUGCUCGACCAGUACCUGCAGGCGCCGCCGCCCGGUAUC